AUGGAUGGCUCCGUGAUUUCUUAUGGGCGCAGGCAUCCCAGCGGGCGUGGUUAUUGGCAAGAACUUAUUGAAUCCAUUGUUUGGGCUCAUAAUAAAUUAAAAGUUGCUCCUGCUACUCAGCCCAGAGCCUUGAGCAUUGUACAAGGACGUGCUGUAGGACUAGGAGGAUUUGAAAAUCAUUAUGGCAUUAAGAUUUCCAAGCUAAGCACAUUCAUUGAUGCAGCGAAUCCAAACUCAAUUGGAAUUGUUAUAAAGCUCUUUCAGAAGCGGAGGCACUCACUUCAAACCUUUAGGGGUCUAUUGCUCCUGGCAGGCAGUUUAGGUAGUCAAUUCAAUGUCGGCUUCUUCAAAACCCUUUUUCUGCUAGUGAGCUUUUCUUUGAAACCAUCUCGGAGCAGUUCUAAGGAAGUAGCUGCUCUAGCUUUAGGGAAUCCGCGGAUUUUUCAUAUCCUCCUUCGGUCUCUUUCUCUAAGCUUGUGGGAGAAAGAAUCAUGCACUCAUACCCCUGAGUUUAUACUUACAGCUAUAAAGAACCAAAAAAAGGAUUGGCUCACUCCAAUAGUCAAUGCUACCCCUACCAGCCCUAGCCCUAGCCCUAGCCCUAGCCCUAGCCCUAGCCCUAGCCAUAGGGACCCAAAGAAGAAGCGCUCUUGCGCGGAUGACCCCUACCAAUUGCCCUAA